UUUGUCUCAUGUGUAUUUUUUGGGAAAGGAAAAGGAAGGAGGAUAAAAAUAAAAUGGUUGGAGAUAACCAACCGAAGGAAUUUUUAGUACCUAAUCUACUUUUUCCUAGAGGAAAUUCACUUUUCCAAGUCUCCUUUCCUCGUUUUUCUAAGAAAUUUCCAAAAUUUCCAACUCCAAUUCCAGGCUUAGAAUUCCUAGGUAUAAGAUAAGCUCGUCACUGCAUUGUUCGAUAAUCAAACUCUCGAAAAUACCGAUCUAUUAAUACACUAUUCAUGAACAGGUAGCCUAUCAGUUUUCUUUAUUCUCUCCCGCAUUUCUUUCGAAUGAAUUAGGCUUGCGUAGAAAUAUUCGGUUAUCAAAUAUCUUCUGGUAUCAAAACCCAAACAAAAAAGAAGUCAAAGUUGAUUCGAAGCGCAGCAGUCGAAAUUUUUCAGAUUUGUAGAAGAACCGAUCGAAAACCGACCGAUUUUCUAAUAUUCCAAAAUCAAGUUUUCGAACUAAA